GACAGAAAGUAGUUGUGAAAGAAUUCAGUGGAAAGGUGUUCCUGGAAUGUGUGACAGACAAGAAAGGUCAAGUCACCUGGCUGAAAGAUGGGAACAGGAUUGAAAACGUAACACGGCUGGACUUGGGCGCAGCUCACGACGAUCCCAGAGGUGUCUACAUGUGUGAGGUUGGGAGUGGAAUGAGAAGCUCUGCCCUCCAGGUGCACUACCGCAUGUGCCAGAACUGCAUCGAAGUGGACGCUCCCACCAUCUCGGGCAUCGUGGUCGCCGACGUCGUCGCCACCGUCUUCCUGGCGGUCGCCGUGUAUUGCAUCACUGGGCACAACAAGGGGCGCCUGUCCCGAGCUUCUGACAGGCAGAACCUGAUUGCCAACGAGCAGGUUUACCAGCCCCUUGGCGAGCGGGACGGUGGACAGUACAGCCAGCUGGCACCUGCCAAGGCCCGCAGAUGA